UAACUGGACACCCAGCAGAAAGGCUAAGCCACUUCACACUGUUUUGACUUCCUGUGGUUUAAAAGCGCGAUGCGCAUUGGUCGCAUCAAGGCGAGUCGUGCACGUGCACGUGCCUUCCAUAACGCGCAUGUCCUCGGCAAUGUAAACAACAGCUUUGACAACAGUCCGUUUCAUUCCUGCAGUUGAUGAGGGGUACUUAGGCUGGUGUAGUUUCGAGCUGUCAAAAUUUCCUUUUAAUACUUAAGAAUGGCGAAGUUGAAAACGAAGCUGCUGAUUUUAGCUGUACUAGGUGUCGUUUUAGCUAUAUUUUAUCCGAAAAUCAAAUCGGCGUACGGAAAACAUAUAAAACCUCACGCAGAUAUAGCGGCAAACGUCGUGAAAUUCAUCAAGGAUUUUCACAUUUUUGGUUAUCACAUUCCGUGGAAAUAUGUUCUCCCUGGGUUUGCUUUGUUCCUGGCCGUGCAGUUAUUUAGGAGACGACGUCGGCUUAAGAAGCUUGCAGAAGAACAAAAGAAAAAAGAUCAGACUUUUAUGACAGAGGAGGAAGUGCAUACCACAAACCAUGUUGCAAAAUCUGAAAACAUUGACAACACUGUCCCACCUGCCAACCUAUCAGAUCUGUCAGCAACGGGAAACCGCGUGCGGACAUACACGUAUUGGCCUGCAACAAGCUCUGUUAAUGUGUUUGAGCUAGCCAGGGCAGGGUUUGUGUUUACUGGAAUGGAUGAUAUAGUAAAAUGCUACAAGUGUCAGGGCACCCUUAAAAAGUGGAAACCCGGAGAUGAUCCUUUGGAGGGUCACAAAGAAUUCUACCCUGAUUGCCCGCAUGUCGUUGCCCUUGAUGCUAUUAAAAAGUCAAUUAACACUGAAACCCAACUGGAAGACCUGCUAUCUGUGUGCGAUGGAGUAGGUUAUCGUCUACGGCAAUUGCACACCAUCCAGAGUAAGGCAUCAGGAGUAGAGCCAGGUAGGGAAGCUGUCUGUGACACUGGGGAAACUUAAGAGUGUGUCAAUAAACCCUCAGUAAUGAGUGCAGGUGUUCCAAGUUUGCUGUUUGUCACCUCAAGGGGUCUCAGAUUUUUGUCAAACCCAAAUCAAUUAAGAUUUCCAUUAAAAAAAAAUUGACAAAUUUGAUUUCAUCUAUCCAAUGUAAAAGAAAUAAUGUUAUCCAGAUAAAAUUUGUGUGUGCUGGAAAAAAAACAUGUAUUUUUUUUAUAAAUACAAAAAACAUACAAUCUUUAGUGUAACUUCCAGAUUAAAGGUGUGUAAAUUCUUGGGGGUAUAGAGAGUACUCUGUAAACAAGCAAAUUUGGACCUUCUGAAUUCCACCACUAUUUUUAAAAUAUGUAUCAU